AUGGACAGCAAACGAGUGUUACGGAUGCAGGUACUUCACCCUCGCAAAGCUUCUCUGGACUCCACGCUCACGCAACGCAGCACGAACUCCCAAAACUUAGACGAUCACACUUUUGCAACGGCAGACCUCGCCUGCGAGAACUGUUUGAACCAAGGUCGACCGACGUUUGGUGUCUCCCACGGUCCCCUCAACCCACCAGCGCCCGUGUCACCGGCACUGGCUUCCAGUCGGCAUGACAGCACGCCUUCUAGUUGUGAGCAUCCUUCACUCAACGCUGGCUACACCCUGCUUGGACUCCUAACAGGACCCAACACAAUCCCACCAGGAGCACGAACAGGCGUCAGCUUGGGUCCUGUUGCAGAUAUUAAGAGGGCUGCAAGAAACGGCGACGUCAGGGCGCAGCAAGCAGUCGAGCAGUGGCGGAGGCUCGAGGAAGCUGGCACAGUGAAUACCGGACAAGGGUCACAGGAACAGAACGUUGUAUUUCAAGAUACUUCGCCCCCGGACGAACCGAUCGAGAUACCGGAGCGAAAAGUCGGAGAACGGCGUCACAUCAACAGCGGCGUGUUUGUGUGGAAUGGCUGGAGUUGGGAUGUUGAACGGCCGCCGCCUACGGCCAGUAACGUGCGCUCACGGCAGGCGUCAGCUCAAGGUGGAGAUCGACAGGUUGGAGAGCAGCUCCAAUUCAACGGCGUGAUGUAUACUUGGACCGGUUCGCGUUGGGAUGCCGCAGGAUAG